GGUCGGAGGAGCCUCUAGAGUGAUCGGUGGCUGGGGAGAACAAAUAAAACGAAGGGCAAAAAAAACGCGCACCAAGAACGGUGACGAGAGGGGACGAGUCGUUGGCGGCUUCGCAUUCCUACACCGAAUAGGAACUGUAUCACUAGUUUGCUCCGCUAGAUCUGCUCUGGAAACCCUAACUCGAUCUGGUUCGGGGAAAACUCCGUUGAUCGAGCAGCCGAAAGACGUGAUUUUUCCUUGGAAUCCGGUGAGAUACUCGCACACCAUACGUUGGUCUGCUAAAAAGUGGCAAAUUUAGAUGAUGAAGUUCUUCGAAUUGUUGCAAUGGGAUGUGUCUGUGAUGGAUUAGAGUUGGAUGUAGAGCUAUUGAGGAGUAUUCCUGUGGGAGCUUUUAAGUUAUGGACAUAAUAUCUCAGCUACAAGAACAAGUUAAUACAAUUGCUCUUCUUGCUUUGAAUACGUUUGGAACACUGCAAAGAGAUGCCCCACCAGUCCGACUUUCACCAAAUUAUCCUGAACCAACCACAAAGCUCUCUGAGGAGACAAUCAACAUUGCGGAGCAUCCCAAGGCAAUGAGUGCAGCUCUGGUUGAAGCUGCAAAAAAGUUUGAUGCACUUGUUUCUGCCUUGCCGUUGUCGGGAGAAGAAGCUCAAUUGAAAAAAAUUGCAGAACUCCAGGCAGAGAAUGAAGCUGUAGGUCUGGAACUUGAAAAACAACUCAAGGCUGCAGAACAGGAAUUGAAGCAAGUUCAGGAGUUGUUUCAUCAGGCUGCGGACAACUGUUUGAACUUGAAGAAACCAUACUGAUCAUCCUGAAAGUGCAAUAGAUUACAAGAAUCAAGGCUUUUUACCAUCAAUGCGAGCUUCAGGGAUGCAAAUUAAAGUUGGUAUGGCUUCAAGAAAAUUGAGCAUGUUUUAGGACCCCGUCAACCCAACCUUCCUCCAAGUUGGGCCAACAUUUAUAGCUUACCCCAGUCAGCUAUUUUGUGGAACCGUGGAAGAGUUUAAUCUUGACGUGAAAAUGUGCAGUUCGAAUCAACCGGGGCUACCUGGACGGUUGGAAGUUUGACCCUAGCUGCAAUCCUGCAGUUAAAAGCACUGGGGCUGUUAGAUGGAAGAAAAUAUGUUCAUAUUAUGUUUGCUGACUCAAAUAAAACUGAAAUUGAUUGUGAUUAAAAAGAAUAUGACUGAAAACAUAUAAGAGACAAAAGGGGGGGGGGGGAGGAAACUCAACUAAAGGGAUGGAAGUUCAUAAAGAUUUCGGAAGCAGGAAUAAGAUACCACAGCAAUGUGGCACUAUUUGUAAAAUUUUUGAGUUUUUUACAGUACGCUAUGGCUUCUAUACUCAUGUAUCACAGUGCCGUGCUGACCAAAUAGGUGCCUGUGUGCCUGGUCUUAUGACAAAGACUUAGGUCCAGAUUUAAAGAAAGUGUAGAGUUCUUUUUCCUUUCCCUUCUACAUAUGGCUGGAGCUGCUGCUUUGAUUACAAUAUUUUGGUAUUUUUUUCAAUUAUAUCGAACCUAAAGAUUUAGCAAA